AUGAUGCUGCUGCUUUCAAGUUGCUGUGAAGUGAAGGACAAAAAUGUGCAAGUGGUCGAACUCCCCAUUGUGGACAGCCUUCACCCCCGGCCUCCAUACUUACCCUUGGCUGUGCCAGAAGACCUCGCAGACCGACUUGUCCGAGUACAUGGUGAUCCUGCAGUGUGGUGGGUGUCCCAGUUUGUCAAAUACUUGAUUCGUCCACAGCCUUGGCUAGAAAAAGAAAUAGAAGAGGCCACCAAGAAGCUUGGCUUCAAGCAUCCAGUUAUUGGAGUCCAUGUCAGACGCACAGACAAAGUGGGAACAGAAGCUGCCUUCCAUCCCAUCGAGGAGUACAUGGUGCAUGUUGAAGAACAUUUUCAGCUGCUCGCACGCAGAAUGCAAAUAGACAAAAAAAGAGUGUAUUUGGCCACAGAUGACCCUUCUUUAUUAAAGGAGGCAAAAACAAAGUACCCCAAUUAUGAAUUUAUUAGUGAUAACUCCAUCUCUUGGUCAGCUGGACUGCACAAUCGAUACACAGAAAAUUCACUUCGGGGUGUGAUCCUGGAUAUACAUUUUCUUUCUCAGGCAGACUUUCUAGUGUGUACUUUUUCAUCCCAGGUCUGUCGAGUUGCUUAUGAAAUCAUGCAAACACUGCAUCCUGAUGCCUCUGCUAACUUCCAUUCUCUAGAUGACAUCUACUAUUUUGGGGGCCAGAAUGCCCACAAUCAGAUUGCCAUUUAUCCUCACCAGCCUCGAACUGCAGAUGAAAUCCCCAUGGAACCUGGAGAUAUCAUUGGUGUGGCUGGAAAUCACUGGGAUGGCUAUUCGAAAGGGGUCAACAGAAAACUGGGAAGGACGGGACUGUAUCCCUCCUACAAGGUCCGAGAGAAGAUAGAAACGGUCAAGUACCCCACGUAUCCCGAGGCUGAGAAGUAGAGCUCAGAUGAAGAGACAGGCAGCCAAACACAGUUCAGACCAUCUGAGCCAAACAGCAGAAAGAAGCCCUGACCUGACAGAGCGUGGUGUGUGGGUGUGGGUAGACUCCUCACACCAAGAAGAGCUGGGACCUCCCAGAGGCCUCAUUGGUGGAACUUCUCUUUAACAAGGGCAGCAAUGCCCUCAGACCCAUGCACAGGACAAUAACGUACUCACAUAUAACAUGCAAGCAGGUUGUUUUCUACUUUGCCCCUUUCAAUAUGUCCCCCAUAAAACAAACACUGCCACAUUGUGUAAUUUAAGUGACACGGACAUUUUGUGUGAGACUUUAAACAUGGUGCCUAUACCUGAGAGACCUGUACGACCUAUCGAGAAGGCCUGAACAGCGCCCACUGUGGGGACGUUGAUUCUUAGUUGGUGGUGGUCAUGUGACCACUGAAUUCACUUCAAUCAACAGAUUCAGAAUGAGAAUGGAUGUUUUUUCCUUUAUAAGGUUGUCUGGGAUUUUGUUUUGUUUUGUUUUUUAAGUAAAUGCAUCUGUUCAUCCACUUAUUAAUAAGUGAAGGCUACUUCAGAAAAUAAAAUAUUCACUCUCCAUUAGAAACUUUUGUAAAACAAUGCCAUGAACAAAUUCUUUAGUACUCAAUGUUUCUGGACAUUCUCUUUGAUAACAAAAAAUAAAUUUUAAAAAGGAA